AUGGGCAGAGACUCCUUUUCCGAGACAUCCACCAUCUACUCCUUUGAGAAGGAGACCUCGCCGGAGGUAGUACACACGAAGAAGCCCUCAAUGAGGCAGCGAGUCAAGAGGGCCCUCCGCGACGUUGGACACCCGCCCACGUACCGCUACGACCUCGAGCACGGCAUCGACACGCAAAGAGUCGUCCCUGUAGGACCCAUGGGGUCCAACGUUCUCAACCAGCCUUCGCGCAUGUAA